CAUCACGCUCCAUUUAUCCAGCUAUACCUCCUUUACUAUCUUUUAGUUAUUCUUGUCCUUGCUUGAUUGUUUAUUGAAAGAGAAAUGUUGUUUUUUUUUUUUCGUAUGAAAUAGCAGUCAAUUUGUUUUUCUAUAAGUGAUUCCAAUUUUACCGACAGAGAAAUGUGUGUCACGAGGAGACCAAUGUUUGGCUCAAGCAUGUUGGAACGCGGCCCGCGUGUUGUUGCUAGGAGGCGCUGUUGUAGCCCGGAAGAGGGACGACGACGGCGGCGAUGGGCGAACCGGGAACGCCGCGACAAAAUCCACGUUUUUCAUGAUUGCCGUGGCUGUGGCGUUUUUACACAAACGCACGCCGCCGGUGUAUGGUCACCAAAGAGCAAAGGAGGAGAAACGUCGCGGUUUGUUCGCUGCGCGGAACGCGUGUGGAUGGAAAGCUACGAGGAAUUCUCCUCGCGGAGUGCGGCCACACUGCGGGAGGAGGGCGAAUUCGGGGGACGGACGCGUGAGGCCGUCGCGGCGAAAUCAUCCGUCAUCCUCUUCUGUGGAAAAGCUGUCCUGUCCCCGCUGAUGAGCGAAGAGCAGCGGGAACAGAUGCGCGACCUCCGGCGGAGGGCGACGCAGCUGGAAACGGGCCGGCGGAACCGGCAGAGGAACAAACCUUCGGCCCCGGUUAGAGACAUCCCCGCCAGUUGUUCGGCGCAGUCGCAGGGACGCACGGGGUCUGCGACAAAAGACGGCAACAUACUGACUUGCAAGUGUGAACACCUUGGACAAAUCACAGGUUGUCGCAAACGUAGUUCAUUGGAAAUUUUAAUCCCGAAACAGACACGUCAAGAACCAUGUGGUGACGCUGAUAAUUCACCGAGUCCCAGAGCAACAACACUCAGUGGUUACAAACUGAUCACUGACACACCCAGACUUCCAGAAGACCCAGCAUUUGGUGUUCAAACUAGCAAGCGGUCAACUAGCCCCGUCCUCAAUGGUCUCAGUACCGGGGACGAGUUCAAGUUGGAGACGGAAGAGAAGAGCGAUGAAGACGAUCUGAGUAUGUACAGCCUUCUCAAGCAAACAAAAGAGGACGUCAGCAAGGAGCAGAGUCAGGACAGAUUGAAAGUUAGCAUUCCGACACCUUCACCUGAGGCCGUCUCAGAGGCAGAGAUAUGUAGUCCAAAACGUGGUGUUGAGUUUGGCUUUAGUUUGCACCACAGUCCCAUUGGCCCUCCUAAGAGUCCCGUCCAUCAAAAUCUGUAUCAUCCCGGUCCUCAACAGCCCGUAUCGCCUUGUCUUCUCGAUCAGUACAUUCGGCAGCCCAGCCCAGAGUCACCUUUCAGCCCUCGGAUUCAGAGACGUAAACCUCGGCCGUUCUCCACGGGGAACCUCCACAUGGUUUUCCCAGGAACGCCGUGGGAAGGAGCAUGUCGGUCAGAUUGGGACGAAGCCCUCUCGUGGUCUCCGGAUCACUGGAGCUUAGUGUCAAGCAAUGGUGUGGGGGCUCAAAACAGGCGGGAAAAUCAUCAAUCUGGUCGUUGCGGCGUCAGUCCAGUGCGGGAACCCCAUAGCCCCGUGAGCCCCUCACUGCCUAGCCCGAUUGCGCAACAUGACCACCUAUCAUCAAACUUCCGUCGGCGGUGCCACACCUUGGACAGUCAGCUGCACACCGACCAAGCUGGAACCCAUCGCAUUGACCGCAGUCAAGAAAGAACGCCUCGCUUCAUGGCGGGAGUCACCAUGCGCCCCUCCGCCUGGCGCAACUCGGCCUCACUCAUGAGCAAGUCGAGCUACGUAGAGAAUCCAUCGCCGAAUCUGCGGAGGCCUCACAUCUGCCCCCAAGUCAAGCUCAGGACAGAGCCUGAUGAUCCUCGAGGGCCUCGUGAUGAAACCUCACCAAUUGGCCUCAGAAAUGCUGCAGACCCACAUGCCAAUAACGCAGAGGAGAUCAAGAGGCGAGCGCAAGUUCUGGAGGACAUGCAGAGGCGUCUGGAGGAGGAACACGCUUUACAGAUGUCACUGCUUCUGGCUGAGCAGGAGAAUGAGCAACAGCGCCUCCGUCUGGAGCUCGAAGAGACUGAACGAAGUCUGAGGGAACAGGAGUGUGAGAAAGUUCAGUACUCGGAUACUUCACAGUGGAAGCGUGUGCCCGGGAAUGACGGACUUCCGACUGCCAGCUCGUCCGCCUCAACGCCGGGACACGGUAGAGGUCUUUCUAGUCCAAUUAGUUCUAAUGUGACCUCUCCCUCCGCCCAGUCCCCCGUUUACUUACGAGGGCCCACUUGGGCAGCCCACAAGCCUCAAGCAAGGCUAAGUCAGGUUCUGAAAGCAGAACAACAGCGAGCGCUGUUUCGAAUCGGCGCCAUUGCCCGUGGCUUCCUCACACGGAGACUCCUCAAAACUCACAAGGUUCAGCAUCUGCGGCAGACCAUCUCGGACACGCAGGAGUUCAUUAGUUCCUUCCAGACGGAGGGUCCGCAGAAGAGAAGCACUUUCUCCGCACAGGAUCUCUCCCUGCAGGACAGAGUUCAAGCCCACUUGCGCGCGGCCCUCUACGACAUCCACGAAAUCUUCUUCGAAAUACCGCUGGGGGAUCGAUUGGCACUGCUGCAGCAGGAUAGGGAGCUCUGUGCCGAGAAGAGGCAACGAGACCUGGAGAAAGCCAAGAAGGAAAAGGAGCGAGCUGUCCUGUCUGCCGCCACCCAAAGAUCUCUGGACCGAAAAAAGAGGGAGGGGGAGUCGCCGGGACAGGCUCGAAAGGUGAUGCACAAGCCCAAAAGUCCAACUCCCAUCAGAGUUCAAAAGUCCAGCCAAGUCCAAAAAGGUGUCCCGAGCCAGCUCAACCGCCAGGGGAGCUGGUACAAAAAGACCCCCGACGCCAGGGUGAAGCGCACGGACAACCUGAAGAACCUGAAGAAGCAGCACUCGCUCGGCUAACAGGUGGCAAACACGCCUCGUCGCAUCUUUUUAGAAUAUAGUAGUACAUAAGACGCAAAGUUUGUUUAGCAUCCAUUAGUUGCCCUCGAUGACCACAUUUGGCAGAGUUGACCAUUGAGAAACCUCCCGCUGAAUGUUUCAAGUUCUUCAGUGGUUCCUUGACUAGGGAGUUGAAUUUGUUCCCUCAUCACGCUCGCAACUCAAAACACAUGUUUCUCAAAUCAUCUUUCUCUGUUGUAAUGUCAAAUAAUAUGAAGUUAUACGCGACACAGUACAUUUUUGCUGCUCACCUGAGAAUCGGGACAUCGCCUCGUAUCAUAAUCCGUCGCUAGCGCUACUGGAUUUCGCGUCUUAAGUAAACAUCAGAGUUACCCUAAUUCCCGGCCUACAGGGCGCACCUUAUUAUAAACCUGACCCAGUACAUUGGUAAAGAAAAUACCAUUUGGUACAUACGCCGCAGCUGUGUAAAAGCCGCAAGUGCCCGCGUUGAAAUACGAGAUAUUAACAAAGAAAGACAGUACACAGAAAGAGCUCAAUGCUAGCGCGGCGCUAACGCUAGCGCGGCACUAACAUUGGCGUGGCACUAAUGCUAGCGCAGCACUGACAGGGCUGGAUAAAAAAACAAAACACUUAACGGUAAAAAUCACGUGAAUUAUGUUAAUUGUAAUUGAAAAAAAAUACAUGUAAAUAUGUCUAUAUAUUUAUCAUGAUGUUCAUAUUGUGAAAACAAUUUUUAGGUUUUGAAGUAACCUUUCAGUAAGUGUGCUAUGGAACAAAAGACUCGAGUAGCAUAACGUGCGAGGCUUCUAGUAAGUUCCUUGCUAAAUCCUGCGGGACGUGUGCCUCAAGAACGACGCCUUUAUUAUUUAUUCGACGUCGUCGGACACGCGUACUGUACAGUAUUCACAGUACAGUAGCGCCGGAAGUAGACCCGCGCCACGGCCGCAAGUUGCUUGGAUGGAUGAGAAAGCGUUUUAAGGGCUUGGAGUCUACGUUUGAUUCUUUUUUGUUUUGUUUUGUUUUUAUGGUAUUGAAAUUGCCUUUUUAUUCAUGCAUAUAUUUGGUCUUCAGUGUACACCAAAUGAAAUCUGAAUGUAUUUGUUUACAUAGCUACACUUUAGUGCCGCUCUAUUAUUGCAGUUACGGUCCAACGUUUCAGUUUUGGAGCUGGAAUGGGGCAUAAAAAAAAGUAUUCAAUGAAUAAAUUAAAAGUAUGACAUCUUUAUUCUUAUAUAAGUAAUGACCCCCCCCCCCCCCCCCGCCGCCCCCCAUUACUACUGUAUUUGAUUCUCCCUUUUUUUCUGAAUUUUAUGACUUUCCUGCAAAAAUGUAACUUUGUUGGAAUAUUUCAACUUUUUUUUUCUUCAGUCUGUGGCCUUUUACACUUCAAAAGACCAAAAACCGGUCUUAAAGUAACCUCAUCAAUACAGUACCGAUUUACUGCAUAUGCUGUAAUUUUGGGAUUAUGAUUCAAACAUAAUUAACUAAAAAUGAAGAAAAAUGUGUAUGGAGGGAACCGAGAUGUCACAAGGUCUCGAUGUCUUAAAUACGAAACAAAUAUUGAAGUACACGUAAACAUGUCAAAUGUAUUAAUCCCACGUUUGUGCUGUGAUGACGUCCGCUGACUGAAAUUGCUUUUUAAUUUCAAUGUUUUCAUUUCGACUGUCGAUUUGGGUAUAUUUUGU